UGCGCAGGCGCCAGGUAGGGAAACCGGAAGCGGAAGGUUUGCGCGCGUCGGUGGGCGCCGGUGUGACCCGUAGCCAUGCGCGACUUGAAAGAGUCCAGGCCUCGCCCCGCAGCGACCCCGUGCGGGUGUGUGAAGCCGGCCCUGGAGACAGGGAAUCUUUUAACUGAGCCAAUUGGUUACUUGGAAUCCUGUUUCUCAGCCAAGAAUGGUACUCCAAGGCAGCCAUCCAUUUGUAGCCAUUCACGGGCUUGUUUGAGGAUUAGAAAAAGCAUCUUUAAUAAUCCUGAACAUUCCUUGAUGGGCUUAGAACAGUUUUCUCAUGUUUGGAUUUUGUUUGUUUUUCACAAAAAUGGUCAUUUGAGCUGUAAGGCAAAAGUACAGCCUCCUAGACUGAAUGGUGCAAAGACUGGCGUUUUCUCUACAAGGAGCCCACAUCGUCCCAAUGCAAUAGGACUGACCCUGGCCAAACUGGAAAGGGUAGAAGGUGGAGCUGUAUACCUUUCUGGAAUUGACAUGAUUCAUGGCACCCCCGUACUAGAUAUAAAGCCCUACAUAGCUGAUUAUGACUCACCGCAAAAUGUGAUCGAGUCUUCAGGGGACUUCACCUUACAGAAUAACCAAGACAAGCUGAAAACCGGGUCCCAGUCUGAAGGCAACACCAAUAGCUAUGACUGGCAACAGCUCCCAGGGCACAAGGAGUCACAGCCCUGCUGCCGCUCUGAGGAGACGCCCAAGUGUCCUGGAGCCAGAACGUCAGGGGGAAGCAAGGCGGGAUCUGACGAUGCAGCAAACAGCCAGCAAAGCUCAGCUGAGCCCAGGGAGCGAGCGGCAGAGCUGGGGGAAGAGUCCGGCCCCAGCGUGGCACAGGACCAAAGUGGCCCACAGAGCCAGGAGGAGAGCCCUUCAGAGGAACACGAAGAUAGCAGGCUGAAGAGAGGGGCAGGAGCCGCGGUCCCGGAAGGACGCAGCCCAGAGAUGCCCCCCAGGGCCCCUCCCAGGGCGGCCGGUGCAGCCCAGCGCGCCGUGGUCCCCGCCUGGGUGAGCGAGGCCCCCGUGGCCAGCUUGGAAGUCCGGUUCACUCCUCACGCAGAGAUGGACCUUGAGCACCUCGGCUCAGGUGAACCAGGUGUUGGUCAGGCUUCAUUUCAGUAUUUUCAGUCAGCGGAGGAAGCAAGGCAUGCCAUCGAGGCUGUGCUGUCCGCCGAUCCUCGGUCUGUAUAUCGACGGAAGCUCUGCCAAGAUCGUCUUUUUUACUUUACAGUGGACACAGCACACGUCACGUGCUGGUUUGGUGAUGGUUUUGCAGAAGUCCUAAGGAUCAAGCCGGCUUCCGAGCCGGUUCUGAUGAGCAAGGCUGCGGAGUCCCCGGGGUCUUUGGGGUCAUGAGUAUCCGCCAUGGAGCCUGUAAGACAGCUUAAUUGACUUGGAUGUGGCUGUUGGGUUAUCAGUACAAGCUAAUGACAUGCCUUCUUUGCAAAAGGAAGCAACAUGACGCUUUGUGAUCUCACUGCUUUCAUGUGAUUUGGGUUAUUCACCAUAUGUAUUUGAAAAACAUGUAUUUUAAUAAACUAAGAGAUACAGAAUUUGGAGAAA